AUGGCGAAUGCCGUCUACCAGGUGAAUCAACUUCGGAUUGUCUCGGGAGAAGAAAUAUUAAAGGUCUACAAAGACAGCAAUAACGCGACGGGAAACGUUCUGUCUCGGUCAUUUUGUUCCAACUGCAGCUCGCCAUUAUUCAUCACCAACUCGCUGAACAAGGAUAUGCUGACCGUAACUUCGGGCACGAUGGAUCUUGGGCCUUCGAAAAGUGACUGGGCGCCUGAGGUUGAAGUCUUUUGCAAGGGCCGAAGAGAGUGGAUUCCUCCUGUGGAGGGGACGACCAGUUGCAAUGAGGUGGAAUUGUUCAAAUAG